UGCAGUUACCGUGUUUGGAUGUUCCAGCAUUCAGAAGGAGCAGAGAAAUCCUGGAAAAGUGCUCAGAGUUGACUUUUCCUUACCCCGUUUGACUCUUAGAUGUUUGUAAAAUUUCCGGGUUUCAAGAUAUUUCAGUUGCUCCUGUGGAUAUGGAACAGCUCUCAGUAAGUAAAGAGGAGGAUUCCCCUGGACAGGGGAGGAGCACCAUUCUGCACCAGGAGAUUACUGAGUCUCCACACCUUAAAGAGGAACCAGAGGAACUACAGAUUAGCCAGGAGGGAGAGCAGUGUCACUGGCGAGAGAAUGCAGACAUGAUCAAGGUUCCUGUGAAGAUCGAAGAGGAUGAAGAAAAACCUCAGUUCUCACAGCUUCAUCAUAGCAAGUCAGAACAGAUGGAAACAGGAGCUAAUGGAGAUGACUUUGGGCGACCAGGAGCAUCCAGGUACUUUGAUCCAGAGAGAGAUUCACAACCAGAGACCGACGUCAAGUGUGAGGACUCCUCUGAGGCUGAGACUGAUGACAGCGCUGAUUGGAGGGAAGUAACAGAACACCAGCCAGAUUUAACCUCAGUGGAAAACCUCAAUAAAAAAAAGAGAGGAGAGACUGGUAGGAAAUCGGAUGGCCACUCUGAGAGUGUUAAAAUAUUCAGACAGAAAGCGCAUCUAACAGAAUGUAAAAGAGUUGACAUAGGAGAGAAACCCUUCAGCUGCUCAGAGUGCGGUCAAAAGUUUGCCUCUGAACAAAGUUUGAAAGUCCAUAUUAGAACACACUCUGGAGACAAACCUUUCAGCUGCUCUGAGUGUGAUCAAAGAUUUACCCGAAAAGGUUCUCUGACCCGACAUACAUUAGUUCACACUAGACGGAAGCCCUUCCACUGCUCUGAGUGUGGUAAAAGAUUUACCCAGAAACACCAUAUGAAUGACCAUAUGAGAAUACACUCUGGAGACAAACCCUUUAGCUGCUCUGAGUGUGGUCAAAGAUUUACCCAAAAAGGUGCUUUGGUCAGGCACAUGUUAGUUCACACAAAAAAUAAGCCCUUCAGCUGCCCAGAGUGUGGUAAAAGAUUUGCCCGUAAAACUGAUUUGACCCAACACCGGAAAAUUCAUGCAGGAGAGAAACAUUUUAACUGCUCACAGUGUGGUUAUAGAUUCACCUCUGAACAAAGUUUGAUGGUCCAUAUGAAAAUACACUCUGAAGACAAACUUUUCAGCUGCUCUGAGUGUGGUCAGAGAUUCACCCAAAAAGUUGAUUUGGUCAGGCACAUGUUAGAUCACCCGGGAAAGAAGUCCUUUUGCUGCUCUGUGUGUGGUAAAAAAUUUCCCCAUAAAAGUAUUUUGACCAACCACAUGAGACUUCAUACAGGGGAGAAACCCUUUGACUGCUCAGAGUGUGAUAGAAAAUUUGCACUUAAAAGUAAUUUGACCAAACACAUGAGAAUUCAUUCUGGUGAGAACCCCUUUGGCUGCCCAGAGUGUGGUAAAAGGUUCUCCCGGAAGUAUCACAUAAGGAGACAUAUGAGAACACACUCAGGAGAAAAACCUUUCAGCUGCUCUGAGUGUGGUAAAAGUUAUUCCCAAAAUGUUUCUCUGACAAGACAUAUGUUUGUUCACGCCAGUGAUAAUUUGGACAGCUAUUUUUAAUUUUUGUCUUAGUCUUUUGAUCACGAUUUUUAGUUUUAGUCACGUUUUAGUCAUUUCUACCAUUUUUAGUGUUAGUCUAGUUUUA